UUUUGAAACGUAUAUCACGUCAAAUUAAUCUGAAAUAAAGUCACCAUUGCACUGCAUUUUCCUUUAACUUGUGCUUUGUCUUCCCACCAAAAACACGCUCAAACGCACCAACACAAACGCCCUUAUCUGUAUAUAUAUACUUGCAUGUGCUUAUUGUCUCCUAAAAUUAUACUCAAAAUUUUGAACCCCGCCCUCUCUCUCUCUCACACACACACACUUACCCCAUAUAUAUGAGUCCGGCCAGAAUCCGAAUGGAAAAGACUAGUGCCUUAUUGAUAGCUGUCAUUGGCAUAAUUUUCUUGGAUAAUAGAUUGACAAGCUCUACUGCACUUAUGGGUACGAUGAUCAUCUCAUUUUGUACAUUCAUAAGUUGCAUCAUCACAUUCUCUACAUGGGUCCGCCACUCCCUCUUCAGCACAUGGAAGGGCCAGAACACCGCUGCUGUUGUUAUGGCCCACUUGGAACCUUGCCCAGAUCAGGUAAAUGAAAGGACCCUGCUGUUGAGAGGAGAAGUAGAAGUGGUGAUGGAAAAAUUAGGAAUUUUGUAUGACCCUAGUAGCGAUGAGAUUCGAGAGAAACUGGGCUCAGAUGACAUAGCAGAUUUGCUUGAUGAGAAGGAGCUGGGGUUGGAGGAAGCGAAAGAAGCAUUUGAUGUGUUUGAUGAAAACACUGAUGGGUUUAUUGAUGGGAAUGAGUUGGAGAAAGUGCUUUGCAAGUUGGGGUUUGAGGGAUUCUCGGGGAAAGAAUGUGAAAGGAUGAUAGGAGCAUUUGAUGAGAACAGAGAUGGAGUGAUUGAUUUCAGUGAGUUUGUCAAACUCAUGGAAAAGUGCUCUUGGUAAUUCAAUUGCUCCUCCAAACAGAGAGGAAAUUUCAUGUUUCAAAGAAACUAUAUUAGCAGUAGUUUGGUGCCAGUUUAGCUCACUGUUGCCACCAGCUGGAGGUUACCAAUUUUCUGUACAUGCCAACUUGUUUUGUCCAGUAUUAAGCUGUGUUAGUGUUUUCUAAUCGAGAUACAAAAUGUAUUGUUUUUCAUUUCA